UUUACAAUAAAAGCAUUUGUUUGUGUUAUCUGUAAAUAAUCUUACCCCACUCAUUUUAGGAUACUGUUUCAUGUGUCCUAUAGACAAGGUCAACACACUACCCUGUUAAGAGGGAACUUAACCCUCUAAUAGCAAAAACAUUCAAAAUCAGUGGAUUCAGUCUUAAAGGAACAUAUAACGUUUUGAUUUAACCAGAGCUGCUGAGGCUUGGUUACUGUGUCCAUGUUGAGCUUUCUUCAUUCUUUUGCGUAAGCAUGAGACUGUUUUUAAGCCCCUUUCAUUAUUUUCACAGCAAUCUGUUUUGUAGUUGAGGUUCAGAAAUCUUAGACCAAUGUUUUUUGCAUUCUGUUUUUUGAUAUAAGCUUUCCUGUAGCUCAGUGGUUAGAGCAUGGCGUUGGCAAUGCCAAGGUCAUGGGUUUGGUCCCAGGGAUUGCACAUUAUAGAAACAAAUGCAUAGUAUAAUGCAAUGUAAGUCGCUUUGGAUAAAAAUGUCUGGCAAAUACGUAAACGUAAUAUUAUGAUGAAUGUUAUGUGCAAAAUGCAGCGUGAGCAUUUUUGGUAGACUGGGCAAAGUUUAUAAGUUGCACAUGACUGCAGUGAAACUUUGUGUUUGGUUAUUCAGUAGCCUAUGAUGAGUGUUUUACAAGCUACAUUGUUUUCUAGUGGAAUAUGCACAGAUCCAAUAAACUCACACAUUUUACAUGCUCUUGAAAAGAGGACACAAAUGUGAGUAUAUAUUGGAUCAAAUAAACACACAUACAACGGAAUCACAGGACCACAACACGGUGAACUUUGGCUCGAAGGAUAUCCUGUCUCCACAAGAAUGUAUGCGCAAGCAUUUUGAGUUUUUGUGCCAACAUGAGAGAGGGAGGACAGUGGUUGAAUUUUAAAAUCUGAUUGUUAACUCACAGUUUUCACAUGUGUCACUAUUUCUUCUUUGGAAUCACAGAUUAGAAGUUGGAAGCCAAUUGAAUGCAAGGGAGAUGGACGGUUCAUAUGCAGAAGCAGAAUUAAGUGUUACUGCAAGCAGCAUUAGGAUCACUGAUGUGACACAGGAUGGAGAUAUUCUGACUUUUGCCAUCACUUCUCAGAAAUUGAAUAGUAGUGGUGGUGUGUGUGUGUUUCGUACAUAUGAGGACUUUGACUGGCUUCAGCAGAAUCUUUUCUCACAAGAAAAUGUUCCUGGGCUUCAGGGAGUCAUAUUUCCCCCUUUACCACCUAAAGUACCAUCACCGUUAAACACAGCAUCUAAAUCACUCAAACAACUUGGUUUCUUGGCUCUCGGGCACGAUUGGCAGAGUUAUUGUAAAGCGUUGGAGUUUUAUCUCCAGCAGGUGGCGACACACCCAAUACUCAGCCAAUGCAAGGCGCUGGACAGCUUUCUUACUAAAUCAGAGUCACCGGGAAAACAACGAGGCAGAAAAGGAAUACUAAAUCGCCUGAGUCAGGCUGUGGAAGGGAUGAGAAAGGAAAGUCACAAGGAUGUGGAUGACUUCUUUCAAAAACAGAGACAUAAAAACACAAAUCUUGCAGCUUUGUCAAAGGUUGCUACAGAGAAAAUACUUGACGUUGUGUUGACUGAGCAAAAACUCGCUUUGGCUUGUGGCCAUUUUUCCACAUGUCUUCAUCUCUGUGUAAAUCAGGAUGAUGAAGCUGCUGUUGCUUUCUCCAAGAUUUGCUUGAAGCUGUCAGAUAUUGUUGAAGCCGUAAAGAGAAAUUUUGAAAAAGUUGCCAAUAACAACAUCGCCACUCUUGGUUUGGGCCUGGACUUAGAGGCUCGCUAUGAGGAAGCAGAGAAAGAAAUGCUUUUCAGAAGAACUUGUAAAUUGAUCGAGCUGGAAACAGUUAAGAAGAACACAGAAAAAACCAAGGCCAAUAAAAGAGAUGUGAUGGAGGAGAUUCAGAAAGCUACUGAGAAAGAAUUCUCCCUCAUCUCAUCUGUGGCUAAACAGGAGAUUGAGCGCUUCCAUAGCUCCAGAGUGACUGUGCUGAGGAGCUUCCUUGUUGGAUGGUGUGAAAAACAGCUUGACACAGCAAAGGAGUGUGCCAAACUCUACUCUCAGUAUUUGGACACUUGCAAAAACCUGUUUUCAGAAUAAAGAGGAAGAAACGUUAACUGGCAGAAAAUCUUAUUGCCGGUAAUGUAAUUCAAUUGUUACAAAACAAUAUCAAAACAAGCUAAAGUUAUCAAUUAUGUUUACAAAUCAUUAUUCUAUAUAAUUUUAAAAUACUUGAAGUAUAUAAUUAGCUCCACGCAACUUUGCAAUUAUUUAAAUUACUGAUUUAAAAUGAUCCAGGUUUAUAUGUCAUUCCCGUAAAAAUGAAUAAGCAUUAAACACUGAAAAGUUAACUUUAAUCCCAAUGUAACCUCAAGGUCUGUAGGCCACCCGGUUAAACUAGUCAGGUGUGAAUUUUCUUUUAUGU